UUCCUAUUUGAAGUCUUUUUUAGAGAGUAUUAAAAACAAUGUUCUCCAUCCUACAGUGAGUCAGGGGUUAAUAACACUGAUACCUAAGCCUAAAAAAGAAGUGCUGCUCAUCAAUAACAGGCGUCCAAUUUGUCUUCUUAAUAAUGACUAUAAGAUAUUAGCCUUACUACUCACAAAAAUAAAUAAAGAGGUCCUGAAUGCAAUACUGGAAGUAUUACGUUUUGGGGGCGCUAAAAUAAGGGCAAUUGUAUGGACCAAGGCGAUGUAGGAGUUUACGUUACCCUUACUUUUACAUUUUCCCCGAAACCUUGACCCGGAAGUACUUUUUUAGUGUUGCUGACGACACACUAAUUACUUUCUGGAUGUACCGUUGUUGUUGCCAUUUCCACAUUUAUUAAUUUUAUUGCAUGUUGAUAUACUGAUGUAUGUUGUUAGAUUUGUUGUUUAUUAUCCAUACAUACAUUUGAUAGCAACUUUCCAUCAUGGACAAACGAGUCAAAGCUUCUGUCAGUACGGGUCCCCCUCUUCCUCUCUCCUCUUUGCGACUAUUGGUUUCUCCCCUGCGGCUGAUGUAUUCAUUUGUAUGGCAUGUGGUGAAUCAACGCAAUGUGAUGCACUAUGGGAAGGUCGAGGAGUUUGUAACUGUGGUGACUGAAGCUGUUCCAAAGUUGCUGAGUUACAAACAGAGGGCUCAACUCAUCCUGGGCCUGAGAGCAAGGAUGAUCUUGGAGAUGUUCCGCAAGGGUUGUCCACCUAACCCUCAGGCCAUCCAAAGUCUCCUGGGAAACAUGAACAUUAGUGCAUCCUCAGGGCAGCAAGAUGUGGAAGUGGAGGAGUCGCAGGCUAACUUUGUGUCGCUGGUCCAAACCCUUUUGAAAAACCCUUAUGAGAGGAAGCACUUCUUCCAGGAGGAGUUCCAUACACAGUAUGGCUCGAAGUAUGACACAGCACUGCAGGCCCUUGUGGGAGGCUUGGUCUUCAGACUGGAACAACUGUUAUCUGUGCCAGAUCUCUCCCAGAUAGCAUCUAUGAUCAGUGCUGACCCCUCUGACCUGGAGGAGUGUGGGCAGUCUAUGUCUGACCCUGAGCAGCUGAAGAUCCUCCUCCAUCACCAGAAAUUGCUAAAUAAAACCCAGUUCAACAGAAAUGUACCUCUCACUUCUUCUGUGGGUGACUGUGUGCUGUCCUCGCUGUCCUUCCGCCUCGCCUGUGGAAUGCCAUCAAUGGAGCCAGAUUUUGACAAGCCAUCAGAAUCAUUAGAAGCUGCUCUAAGUGUUAUGAAACCUGCCUCCUUCAGUGACCUGGAGGAUUUGGGAAUGAUGUCAGAUGACUCGCCCCAUGCUGGAGAAGAUAGUACUCUGCAGAGAGAAGAGGGUGCCAACGAUAACGGAAAUGGGGUGAAAAAUGCAGUGUGUGACAGUGAAGAAGACGAUGCACUGCCAGAGAGCGCGUCUAGUCCUCAAGGUGAUAGCGGACUAGUGGGAGGGUCACCAUCAAAAGGGGCACCAACAGUAAGGAGUAUGCUGCCAACAGAGAGACACCAACCGCUUGUAUCACUGAUGAGUAGUUCCUUCACCAAAUCCUCUCCUUCACAGAUAGUCAAAUUAGUCAUCCCUGCCACGGUCACCAUUGGGAACCAACCGGGUAACCCACCAGUCAAAGUAGCGAGUUUCCACCACUGGGUCUCCCACAUUGCAAGUAACUCGAUCUCGCUCUCUUCCUUGCCACCCCUUCCACAAAACGAUGAAGACAAGGAGAUCCGGUCAGGUGACUCGUGUCUUGGAAGCAGUGUGGAAAUUGGGGGUAAGGAAACAGAGGCCAAUCUCUUUGAGAGGGCUGUUAUCCGAAGGAGAAGGCCGCCCAACCCACAAAGAAUGACGGUACCCUCGAAGAGGAAAAUCCCUGAGGCAACCAUCAUUUGCCAGGAGUGUGGGAAGAGUUUCGUCUAUCCGUCUCAGCUGGAAAAUCACCUCCGCAUUCACACAGGAGAGAAACCGUUCAAGUGCACUGAGUGUGGCAGGGCCUUCAGGUCCUUAGGAGGCAUGACCACUCAUAUGAAAAAUCACUCUGAAGCACGGCCAUUUAAGUGUGAUGAGUGUGACAAGGGCUUUCGGAAAAAGGCUGACUUGAAGAAGCAUCAGCUCAUCCACAUGGGUGCGAAACCACACAAAUGCACCAUCUGUGGAAAGGGCUUCAGCCAAGCAUUCUAUUGCAGAAUACACAUCCAGUCUCAUGCAAGUGAAAAUAACUUUCCCUGCACUCAUUGUCCAAAGAGAUUCCCAACCCAAUACAAGCUGUCUGUCCACGAGCGCUGGCACACCAUGGAGCGCCCGUACAUCUGUGAGCAGUGUGGGAUGCGCUUCUUUCAUCCCAGUGGGCUGAAGAGGCACAUGGGCUAUCACAUUGGGAACCGCCCGUUCCUGUGUGCCCAGUGUGGAAAGACUUUUGUUUAUGAGUUUGACCUGAAGAAACACCAAAGGGACCAUGGCCCCAAGCCCAAGAUCCCAUGCCCUGUCUGCCAGAAGGUGUUUGGCAGCAACGGACUCAUCAAGGCCCACAUGUUUACGCACACCUCUGUAAAACCUUACAGAUGUGACAUAUGCGACAAGACCUUUAAACAGAGCAGCAGCUUGAGCAGUCACAAACGGCUGCACACGGGUGAACGCCCUUACCACUGCGACAUGUGUGGGAAGACGUACAAGCUGAAUCAGCACCUGAAGGAGCACAUAAUUAUCCACCACACGGCGGAAGGGCACCCCUGUGACCAGUGUGGAAAGGUCUUCAAGUUACCACGUCUUCUGAAGGCGCAUGAGCGGUUGCACUCAGGGGAGCGAUCUGAGCAACCAAGGAAAUACAGUCACACCAGCCGUCGCAGGGGAAAUUCCUCCAAAAUGAGUUGAUUUUCUGCACAUUGGCUGCCUUCCGCACACACAGACUGUGAUGCUAUUUUUAAUGCCCUGACAAAUUGCCAAUAGCUGUAAUAAUAUUCCUCAUUUUUUGUUGUAGAUUUUGGACCAUUUUGGACCAUAAUUCAGGAUAUCCUAAAUAGACUGAACACUGAAAAAUAGUAUAAUGUCUGGCUUAAUUAAGGCAGCAACAAACAUAUCUCCUGUUAGAUAACAAUUCAUGAUUGUGUCAUUAAAACAUAUUUAUUUUUUGUUUUUUUGUAUAGGUUGAAAUUCUAAUGACACGAUGUAAAUUGACAGCUACUUACUAAUCUCUUUUUGAGAGUAGUCAAUGAUUGCCGGAAGCCUUUACAAAAAAUAUGCACAACAUUUGUUGUUGGAUAAAGGCAAAUAGUCACAAUUGUGUGCCACUA